UGGCAUUCGAGUUUCGGCCACCAAAGGCUCACAGGGGGCAGAGGGUUUAUUGGUGCCAUUGUUAAGAUCUAUCGGAUUCGACAUCACUGAUGGAGAUUCAUAGCAUGUGGAAAUUUGUAUUGGACUUUUGGAAUUUGGUACGCCUAUUUACGUUUUUGUUGGAGGAGCAGCUCGGUAAUUAACGUUACCUGAGUAAAUCCCACCGGCGCCUCGAAUCCGAUCUCUAUUCACGAUCAGGUGAACAAUACGUUGUAUAAAGGUUAUUAUAAAUCAUAUUACCAUGUUUGACGGUGACCCGAUGAAGAGGGGGAGUGUGAAGACCACUCAUCGUGAGACGGAGGAGUUUAGGCGGACGGCGGUGAGGAGAAAUUCGAAGGGAAUACCGCAGGAGACAGAAGUGUCUCCUCAACCUGCCCAUCUCCAGAGCCCUGGGAAGAGCCCUGUCCAGGGGCCAAGAGGAGCUCUACUCAAAGGGAAGGGAUCAGGACCCUAAGGGAGGGGGCUAGCAGUCCACAGCCCAGGAAAGUGUCCUGGGACCAGGCCUAGCCAUAGACCGGUGAAGGGGGUACCACCAGGGACCCAGGGCCCAAGAAAGGGACUAGGAAUCCACAGCCCAGGAAAGAGCUCUAUACAGGGUGGACUAGGAUCUCAGUCCCCAGGGAAGGGCGCGGGAUCCAGGCUGAACCAGCUGAGAAGCCCUGGAGCCAGGAUAAAGAGAUAUAGACUGAUGGCAGGAUCACCCUGCAGCCUGCCUGACCUCAUCCACCUUGAGGAAAACCAGUCUGUGCUCAGAUCAGCUAACAGCAGCCCAACACAUACCACCACUUCUAUAAGCCUGGACCAGCCUAGAGACCCAGGCAGUGGGCCUACCGACAGCUCACACACAGGACUGAAUGCUCACAGUCCAGACAGGGCAGAAGUAGUGGCCUGUAGGGAGGGCAGAGCGAGGGAAAUCUCUCCCAUAAAUAUGUACGGUUUGGACCUGAUGUGGGACGCUGUACUGGUCAACGGCCAUGUAGGAGACGGAUGGAAGAUGGAUACAGGGCUCAACGUGGAACUUUCCCCCUCUCACAGAGCUGCGACUGGGACGGAGGAGGCCAUGCUUCAGGAGAGAUCUACAGAAAAGAAGAUGAAGAGAGGGAGUGAGGAGGUGAGGUUGCAGGACUCCACUGAACAGAAGCUGUAUAAGAUUGCCAACGAGCUUCUACUCACAGAGAGGGCCUAUGUUGCCCGCCUUCACCUGCUAGACCAGGUGUUCUGUGCCCGGCUGACUGAGGAGGCCGGUAAAGGCUUGUUCCCUUUAGAUGUGGUGAGGACCAUCUUCUCCAACAUCUCCUCCAUCCACACCUUCCACAGCCAGUUCCUACUGCCAGACCUGGAGACACACAUGGGCCAAUGGUCUGUGAGCCCUCGUCUGGGUGAUGUCAUGCAGCAGCAUGCUCCCUUCCUCAGGAUGUAUGCUGAGUACGUGAUGAGCUUCGACCACGCCAUGGAGCUGCUUAGAGCCUGGACGGAGAGGUCCGCACCAUUCAGGAACCGUCAUACAGGAUAUAGUCGGGAGGUGUGUGGUAGUCUGACCCUGCAGCACCACAUGUUGGAGCCGGUCCAGAGGCUACCUCGUUAUGAGAUGCUGCUGAGCGACUACCUCAAGAGACUGCCUGAUGACGACUCGGACCACAGCCAUGCAGAGAAGUCUCUGCAGGUCAUCUCCAUGGCAGCAACACACUCCAACAGCACCAUCCACCAAUCAGAGAACCUGAAGAAGCUGCUGGAGAUCUACGAGAUGUUGGGGGAGGGCGACGUGAUGAACCCCUCCAAUGAGUUCAUCAGGGAGGGAUGCAUCCUGAUGCUGGCUGCCAGGAACUCCGCCAUGGAGAGACACCUCUUCCUGUUCAACAACAUGCUGCUGUGCUGCACUCCUCGGUUCAGCCUGGGGGGGCAGCGGUUCACCGUGCGGACACGGAUUGACGUGGAGGGCAUGACGGUGCAGCGCACCACCAACGAACACCACCCCCACACCUUCCAGGUGUCUGGCAAGGAGAUGACCCUGGAGAGGACCCUGGACCUACAGGCCAGCUCUGAACAAGACGAAGAGGACUGGUUAAAGGCUUUCCAGGACACUAUUGAUGUUUUCCGACAGAAGAAUGACACUUUUAAGUCAACUUCUAAAGAAGUAGAGGUAUCUAUGGAGGAGCUGGGUCGGCGUGCCCCUCGAUGGAUCAGGGACAAUGAGGUGACCAUGUGUAUGAAGUGUAGAGAACCCUUCAACGCCCUCACCCGAUGGAGACACCACUGCAGAGCCUGUGGCUGUGUGGUGUUUUGGAGGUGUUCAGACAACAAAGUAACUCUGGAGUACGAUGGCAACAAGGUGAACAAGGUGUGUCUAGACUGCCACUCCGCCCUGAUCCUCCGGGCCAACAGAGGGGAGAGGGCAUGGAGGGGGGGCAUUCUAGAGGUUCCACACCUCACCUCCACAUUUCCAUCCCUGCCCUUUCCCCAGGAUGUGAAGGCCUUGUCUAGGGUCCCCUUCUAAGGGACAGGUGACGAAAGGUGAUGAAAAUGGGAUGGUGGUUAAGGACAACGCCAUGGUUGGCAAUGGCAAGGGGACGGUCAUCAAUGGCAACGAAAGUGUCACUGAUAAUGGUUACGGGAGUGUCGCCAAUAGAAACGGGAUGGCUGUCAAUGACAGCGAGGCCUCUCGCUCAAACAGCCUCCGUGUUCAAACACAAGCUAUCCCCCAGUCUCUGCACUUGUGUUCAGUGUUAAGGCCUUAAUGAGAUGCAGUGAGCUCCAAAAGUAUUGGGAUAGUGACAUAUUUGAAAUGAUACAAUGACUGAUGUUAAAGUGCAGACUAUCUGCUUUAAUUUAAGGGUAUUUUCAUCCAUAUCGGGUGACCUGUUUGUAAAUUACAGCACGUGUUGUACAUAGUCCCCCCAUGUUAGGGGACCCAUGUAUUGGGACAUAUUCACUUAUAUAGAUAUUAAAGUAGUGCAAAAUAUUUGCUCCCAUAUUCCUAGCAUGCAAUGGUUACAUCAAGCUUGUGACUCUACAACCUUGUUGGAUGCAUUUGCUGUUUGUUUUUCGUUGUGUUUCAGAUUAUUUUGUUCCAAAUAGAAAUGUAUGGUAAAUGAAUAUAUUAUGUCAUUUUGGAGUCACUUGUAUUGUAAAUAAGAAUAGAGUAUGUUUCUAAACACUUCUACAUUAAUGUGGAUGCUACCAUGAUUCUGGAACUUUCUACUACUUUAAUUUCACAUAAGAUCAUUUUUUUCCCAAUACUUUUGGUCCCUUAAAAUGGGGAGGACUAUGUACAAAACGUACUGCAAUUUCUAAAUGUUGGAUGAAAAUACCCUCAAAUUAAAGCUGGCAGUCUGCACUUUAACCCCAUAGUCAUUGUAUCAUUUGAAAUCCAAAGUACUCGAGUACAGAGCCAAAAUAAACAAAAAUGUCACUGUCCUAAUACUUUUGGCGCUCUCUGUAUACCGUAAUGGGUUGCCAAUGAGAUGUAUUUUGUGUAAAAACUCGAUGAUUGAAAGGGAUUGCUUUUGAUAAAAAGAUCUGUCUUCACAAUGAGACAUUUUUUGAAAAUUCUAACAUUUUAGUUUAUGGAAAAGAGAGAUUUUUCUGGAAGAUGCACCUUGCUGCCUUGUUGACAAAAUGACAGAGCGGCGCAGAUUACUGUUCCAUAUGAGAAGGGCGCUCCUCUCUCCCCGCUUUCGCCCAAUGAUGUAAGGGGCCAUAGACCGGUGCCCCGCUGGCUUAUAAUAAUAGGCUGCAACCUUUCUCUGCUGUGGCCACUGAGCCGUUGGGUCCGCCCUGCAACAACAUUGGAUAACGCUGGGCAGGCCUCUUGCUAGCUCUUGCUCAGAUACGAAAGGCUGAAGCUCAUUGGCUAGAACUCAAAUUGCCAGGAGGCUGGCCCACGUGGAGGGAAAUGUAGGGAAGUGCAGCACAGCUUCAAGAAAAGUCGCUUUCAAUCUAGGGAUUUCGUAGCUAAUUGAUGUAAAAAAAAAUAUUCUCAUAGAUUAUGCAUGUAUGAACACAUUCAGCCCAAAGUGGGAGGUUUAAAAAGUACUUUCACCAAAGUACAGGAGCAUGUCUUUAAGUAAAUAUAUUCCUAUGGAAAACUUUUAAGUCUACACAUUUUAUGGAGAUGGAGACCUUCCACUAAAUACACUACAUGACCAAAAGUAUGUGGACACCUGCUUGUUGAACAUCUCAUUCCAAAUCAUGGGUGUUUAAUAUGGAGUUGGUCCCCCCUUUUUCUGCUAUAACAGCCUCCACUCUUCUGGGAAGGCUUUCCACUAGAUGUUGGAACAUUUCUGCGAGUACUUGUUUCCAUUCAGCUACACGAGCAUUAGUUUGGUCGGACACUGACGUUGGGCGAUAAGACUUGGCUCGCAGUCAGCGUUCCAAUAUAUCCCAAAGGUGUUCAAUGGGGUUGAGGUCAGGGCUCUGUGCAGGCCAGUCAAGUUCUUCCACACUGAUCUCGACAAACCAUUCCUGAAUAUACCUUGCUUUGUGCACAGGGGAAUUGUCAUGCUGAAAACAGGAAAGGGCCCUCCCCAAACUGUUGCUAGAAAGUUGGAAGCACAGAAUCGUCUAGAAUGUCAUUGUAUACGUUUUUUACUUCAUCAGUAUCCUCAACAUUAUUUUUCUCCUGUUACAUCACAAACAUGUUACAUUUCUCCUGCAGUGCCUAACUACGUUUUGUAUGUGUGUAGAUAAGUGGACAGAAUGCAGUCUUCGCUAACGCGAGAACGUUGCUUUUCAGUCACGCUGUAACUCUGAACUUCUGCGACACGGAUUGAAUAGAGCCCCAAAAGAUUUUGAGAAUUUCUGACCAUAAUUGCAGCCAUAAGUGCCAUACUGAAAGCCAGUGAGGAGGAAGUGGAGGAGCUAAAGAGAGAGAAUGCAGUUUCAAGUAAUUUGGCCAACAACUGUUUCUCAUGUGUUGAUUAAAAUUAAAAACUGGAGGCCAUUGUGACAUCCAGUGAGUGGCAACACAGGUAAUCAAACUUUGUAAAAAAAAAAAAUUAAAAACAUACUUAAGGUAGGUUUAACAAAUGUUACAUUUACUAAUGAGUCCUUUCCUGUAAUCACAGCUUUGGAAGCCAGGCAGAGUGUCAGGGAGAGGGAGGGAGGAGCUGAAGAGAGAGAACGCAGGGAUAACCGAUACAGAAAAGGAGUAUUGUUUUCCAGUCAGAAGUGCUGCACUUGUUUGUAACCCGAGAAGGUGUUUAUACCUGCUGUUAACAUGCACCCUCAUCUUGUCUUUUUACACUUUUAAGAUCUGAUCACAUCACACUGCGUCAUUUAGAAUGUGGGCACAAUCAGAAUGUGGACAACGUCAGGACAAAGACUGCAUGUUAGAACCAGGUAUUAACAGGGCUGAUCCCUCCCUCCUCUGAUGCAGGUAUCUUCACAGCACCAGUGAGAGGAGUCUACUACAUCAGAUUCACUGCCAUGGAUUACCUCACAUCGCAUUCAUGUGUGUAUAUCUUUACCACAAUGACAAGAGAGUUCUGUUAAAUAACUAAUAUGGUACCCAUGGAGAUCUUCAGUACAGGUCUAAUGCAUUGACUCUAGAGCUGGAGGGGGGGGAUGUGAUCUACAUGCGUCUCCCCUCAGGCAGGAGGCUCUUUGAUAAUUCUAAUAACUACACCUUCAGUGGCUUCCUGCUCUUCCCUAUGUGAAGGGAGUACCGUCAAUUAUGUAAUGAUUUCUGAUGUGAACAGUUCGGAUGAAUCAAUAAAGAGCAUCAUUUUAA